AUGAAUAUGACUGUUCUUUUACCUUCUUAUUUCUGUAAAGAAUGUUCGGCACCUCUUGGUUUGGAGAGUGGACGCAUUAAAGAUGCUCAAGUCACUGCAUCUUCAGAAUGGGAUAGAAAUCAUGCAGCAAUCCAGGGAAGAUUGAACUUCAAGGCUGGUGGAGGCAAGCAAGGAGGAUGGUCAGCUGGGAAAAAUAAUGGAAAUCAAUGGAUACAGGUGGCUCUUGGCAGUUACACCAAAUUAACAAGUAUAGCAACACAGGGAAGGAAUGCUCACAGCCAGUGGGUAACAGCAUACAAACUGCAGUACAGUGAAGAUGGAGUGACCUUCUACUACUACAAAGUACCGGGACAGAGUUCACCUAGGGUAUUCAAAGGAAAUAAAGACAGAGACAGCAUUGUUUAUCACCAGUUAAACCCACCCAUCAAAGCUUGCUACAUCAAACUUCGACCAACAGCAUGGUAUGGUCAUAUAUCACUAAGGAUGGAGCUGUAUGGUUGCUCAGCAGAAUGUUUGGCACCUCUUGGUUUGGAGAGUGGACGCAUUAAAGACGCUCAGGUCACUGCAUCUUCAGAAUGGGAUAGAAAUCAUGCAGCAAUCCAGGGAAGAUUGAACUUCAAGGCUGGUAGAGGCAAGCAUGGAGGAUGGUCAGCUGGGAAGAAUAAUGGAAAUCAAUGGAUACAGGUGGCUCUUGGCAGGUACACCAAAUUAACAAGUAUAGCAACACAGGGAAGAAAUGCUCACAGCCAGUGGGUAACAGCAUACAAACUGCAGUACAGUGAAGAUGGAGUGACCUUCUACUACUACAAAGUACCGGGACAGAGUUCACCUAAGGUAUUCAAAGGAAAUAAAGACAGAGACAGCAUUGUUUAUCACCAGUUAAACCCACCCAUCAAAGCUCGCUACAUCAAACUUCGACCAACAGCAUGGUAUGGUCAUAUAUCACUAAGGAUGGAGCUGUAUGGUUGCUCAGCAGAAUGUUCAGCAUCUCUUGGUUUGGAAAGUGGACGCAUUAAAAACUCUCAAGUCACUGCAUCUUCAGAGUGGGAUAGAAAUCAUGCAGCAAUCCAGGGAAGAUUGAACUUCAAGGCUGGUGGAGGCAAGCAAGGAGGAUGGUCAGCUGGGAAGAAUAAUGGAAAUCAAUGGAUACAGGUGGCUCUUGGCAGGUACACCAAAUUAACAAGUAUAGCAACACAGGGAAGGAAUGCUCACAGCCAGUGGGUAACAGCAUACAAACUGCAGUACAGUGAAGAUGGAGUGAACUUUUACUACUAUAAAGUACCAGGACAGAGUUCACCUAAGGUAUUCAAAGGAAAUAAAGACAGAGACAGCAUUGUUUAUCACCAGUUAAACCCACCCAUCAAAGCUCGCUACAUCAAACUUCGACCAACAGCAUGGUAUGGUCAUAUAUCACUAAGGAUGGAGCUGUAUGGUUGCUCAGCAGAAUGUUUGGCACCUCUUGGUUUGGAGAGUGGACGCAUUAAAGACGCUCAGGUCACUGCAUCUUCAGAAUGGGAUAGAAAUCAUGCAGCAAUCCAGGGAAGAUUGAACUUCAAGGCUGGUGGAGGCAAGCAAGGAGGAUGGUCAGCUGGGAAGAAUAAUGGAAAUCAAUGGAUACAGGUGGCUCUUGGCAGGUACACCAAAUUAACAAGUAUAGCAACACAGGGAAGGAAUGCUCACAGCCAGUGGGUAACAGCAUACAAACUGCAGUACAGUGAAGAUGGAGUGAACUUUUACUACUAUAAAGUACCAGGACAGAGUUCACCUAAGGUAUUCAAAGGAAAUAAAAACGCGGACAGCAUUGUUUAUCACCAGUUAAACCCACCCAUUAAAGCUCGCUACAUUAAACUCCGACCAACAGCAUGGUAUGGUCAUAUAUCACUAAGAAUGGAGUUGUAUGGUUGCUCAGCAGAAUGUUCAAGUACUCUUGGUAUGGAGAAUGGCCGCAUCAAAGAUGCUCAAAUCACUGCAUCUUCACAGUGGGAUGGAAAUCAUGCAGCAAUCCAGGGAAGAUUGAACUUCAAGGCUGGUGGAGGCAAGCAAGGAGGAUGGUCAGCUGGGAAGAAUAAUGGAAAUCAAUGGAUACAGGUGGCUCUUGGCAGUUACACCAAAUUAACAAGUAUAGCAACACAGGGAAGGAAUGCUCACAGCCAGUGGGUAACGGCAUACAAGCUGCAGUACAGUGAAGAUGGAGUGAAAUUUUACUACUAUAAAGUAUCAGGACAGAGUUCACCUAAGGUAUUCAAAGGAAAUAAAGACAGAGACAGCAUUGUUUAUCACCAGUUAAACCCACCCAUCAAAGCUCGCUACAUCAAACUUCGACCAACAGCAUGGUAUGGUCAUAUAUCACUAAGGAUGGAGCUGUAUGGUUGCUCAACAGAAUGUUCAGCACCUCUUGGUUUGGAGAGUGGACUCAUUAAAGAUGCUCAGGUCACUGCAUCUUCAGAAUGGGAUAGAAAUCAUGCAGCAAUCCAGGGAAGAUUGAACUUCAAGGCUGGUGGAGGCAAGCAAGGAGGAUGGUCAGCUGGGAAGAAUAAUGGAAAUCAAUGGAUACAGGUAGCUCUUGGCAGUUACACCAAAUUAACAAGUAUAGCAACACAGGGAAGGAAUGCUCACAGCCAGUGGGUAACAGCAUACAAGCUGCAGUACAGUGAAGAUGGAGUGACCUUCUACUACUACAAAGUAAUGGGACAGAGUUUACCUAAGGUAUUCAAAGGAAAUAAAGACAGAGACAGCAUUGUUUAUCACCAGUUAAACCCACCUAUCAAAGCUCGCUAUAUUAAACUUCGACCAACAGCAUGGUACGGUCAUAUAUCACUAAGGAUGGAGCUGUAUGGUUGCUCAGCAGAAUGUUCGGCACCUCUUGGCUUGGAGAGUGGACGCAUUAAAGAUGCUCAGGUCACUGCAUCUUCAGAAUGGGAUAGAAAUCAUGCAGCAAUCCAGGGAAGAUUGAACUUCAAGGCUGGUGGAGGCAAGCAAGGAGGAUGGUCAGCAGGGAAGAAUAACAGAAAUCAAUGGAUACAGGUGGCUCUUGGCAGUUACACCAAAUUAACAAGUAUAGCAACACAGGGAAGGAAUGCUCACAGCCAGUGGGUAACAGCAUACAAACUGCAGUACAGUGAAGAUGGAGUGACCUUCUACUACUACAAAGUACUGGGACAGAGUUCACCUAAGGUAUUCAAAGGAAAUAAAGACAGAGACAGCAUUGUUUAUCACCAGUUAAACCCACCCAUUAAAGCUCGCUACAUCAAACUUCGACCAACAGCAUGGUAUGGUCAUAUAUCACUAAGAAUGGAGCUGUAUGGUUGCUCAGCAGAAUGUUCAGCACCUCUUGGUUUGGAAAGUGGACGCAUUAAAGACUCUCAACUCACUGCAUCUUCAGAGUGGGAUAGAAAUCAUGCAGCAAUCCAGGGAAGAUUGAACUUCAAGGCUGGUGGAGGCAAGCAAGGAGGAUGGUCAGCUGGGAAGAAUAAUGGAAAUCAAUGGAUACAGGUGGCUCUUGGCAGUUACACUAAAUUAAAAAGUAUAGCAACACAGGGAAGGAAUGCUCACAGCCAGUGGGUAACAGCAUACAAGCUACAGUACAGUGAAGAUGGAGUGAAGUUUUACUACUAUAAAGUACCAGGACAGAGUUCACCUAAGGUAUUCAAAGGAAAUAAAGACAGAGACAGCAUUGUUUAUCACCAGUUAAACCCACCCAUCAAAGCUCGCUACAUUAAACUUCGACCAACAGCAUGGUAUGGUCAUAUAUCACUAAGGAUGGAGCUGUAUGGUUGCUCAGCAGAAUGUUCGGCACCUCUUGGUUUGGAGAGUGGACGCAUUAAAGAUGCUCAGGUCACUGCAUCUUCAGAAUGGGAUAGAAAUCAUGCAGCAAUCCAGGGAAGAUUGAACUUCAAGGCUGGUGGAGGCAAGCAAGGAGGAUGGUCAGCUGGGAAGAAUAAUGGAAAUCAAUGGAUACAGGUGGCUCUUGGCAGUUACACCAAAUUAACAAGUAUAGCAACACAGGGAAGGAAUGCUCACAGCCAGUGGGUAACAGCAUACAAACUGCAGUACAGUGAAGAUGGAGUGACCUUCUACUACUACAAAGUACCGGGACAGAGUUCACCUAAGGUAUUCAAAGGAAAUAAAGACAGAGACAGCAUUGUUUAUCACCAGUUAAACCCACCCAUCAAAGCUCGCUACAUCAAACUUCGACCAACAGCAUGGUACGGUCAUAUAUCACUAAGGAUGGAGCUGUAUGGUUGCUCAGCAG